CUGCACAAAACCCAAUAAAGAGAGAAGAGUAGUGACAGAGUUUUCUGUUUGCGAGAGAGAGAGAGAGAGAGAGAAUGGGGUGAACUUGUGAUGUAUGCAGCUGGAGUUUUCCAAUCAUAGCUGCUGAUCAGAAUACAAGUUUUUCAUUCUUCUGGCAUUACUUGAUCCAAACAGAGUUGAAAAAAUCUAUCUUUUUUUUUUUUUUUUCUUCAAUAUGUAUUAAAAAACCCCAAUGGUUUUAAUGGGAGAUUUUGAUGUUCUGUCAGAAGCCCACCUCUGAAAUCAUUCAUCGACACCGGCUAGCAGUCAAUCUACUGGUGAAAGGAGUGAGAGACAGAACCACACAUUUUCGUCUGGAAUACUGAGGGGUGGAAGUUCAUUGAACUGAUAAUCUGGCCUUUCCCUACUCAAAACAAGUUCUGUUGUUGUGCUGCGCCGGGGUCAUGGCAACCAUGUUACACUCCGAGUCCAGACGCUUAUAUUCUUGGUGGUGGGAUAGUCACAUUCCAAAGAAUUCAAAGUGGCUUCAGGAGAAUCUUACAGACAUGGAUUCCAAAGUCAAAGCAAUGAUCAAGCUCAUUGAAGAAGAUGCAGAUUCUUUUGCAAGGAGGGCAGAAAUGUACUACAAGAAACGCCCGGAGCUCAUGAAACUGGUGGAGGAGUUCUAUCGAGCAUAUCGUGCAUUAGCAGAGAGGUACGAUCAUGCAACUGUAGAGCUGCGACACGCUCAUCGAACCAUGGCAGAAGCAUUUCCCAACCAAGUACCUUAUGUAUUGGCUGAUGAAUCGCCCUCAGGCUCUUCUGGCCCAGAUGUUGGACCUCAUACACCAGAAAUGCCACAUCCAGUUCGUUCCUUAUUUAACCCUGAUGACUUGCAUAAGGAUACAUUGGGUCUCUCGUCAACCAAUUUACAAGCUUUGAAAAGGAAUGGAGGAAACUCAGCAGACUCCAACUCUGGAAUAAGCAGAAGGGGUCUAAAACAGUUCACCGAGAUGUUCACUCCAGGAGAAGUGCCAAAUAGCUCAAAGGGUGCAGUAGAGGGAAGGAUGAGAGAGGGCUUAAAUUUUCAUGAGGAAGAAGAUAUCAAACAUCAGUUCCAAAAUGGGUACUUUCAAUUAACUAGUGAGAACCAAAGUCUCAAGACCCAGGUUCUUUCUCAAUCUGAGCGUGCUGCAAAAGCAGAAACUGAAGUUCAAGCCUUAAAGAAAACUCUAGAUGAGAUACAAUCUGAAAAAGACGGAGUCCUUCUUCAGUACGAGCAGAGUUUGGAGAAGUUGUCUACACUGGGGAGGGAACUAGAUGAUGCACAAACGGCUGUUGGAGGGCUCGAUGAACGAGCAAGCAAAGCUGAUAUUGAAACUAAAAUAUUGAAGGAAGCCCUUGUGGAGUUAGAAGCAGAGAGGGAUGCUGGUCUUCUUCAGUACAAUCAUUGUUUGGAAAGGAUAUCUAGCCUGGAGACCAUGUUAUCAUUUUCUCAAAGGGAUGCAAAAGGACUUAACGAGCGGGCUGUUAAAGCAGAAACUGAAGCUCAAAAGCUCAAGCAAGAACUUUCAAAACUACAGGCUGAAAAGGAAGAUUUUUUUCUUCAGUACAAGCAAUGCCUUGAGAAGAUAUCUGCUUUGGAGACUAAAAUCUCAGUUUCUGAGGAAAAUGUGAGAAUGCUUAAUGAACAAAUUGAAAGAGCUGAAGGCGAAGUCAAAACUCUGAAAGAAUCUCUGGCUAUACUGAUGGAAGAGAAAGAAGCUGCAGCUCUUCAAUACGAGCGGUGCAUGGAUACAAUAGCUAAAAUGGAAAGUGAAAAUUCUCAGGCUCAAGCAGAUGCCAAACGACUAAACAGUGAAGUUUUGACAGGGGCUGCAAAAUUGAAGAGUGCCGAAGAACAAUGUGAUCUCUUGGAGAGAUCAAAUCACUCUCUGCGGUUAGAGGCGGAUGGUCUGUUGAAGAAGAUUACAAGUAAAGAUCAAGAACUUUCAGAGAAGAAUGACCAGAUGGAGAAACUUCAGAUUCUGAUGCAAGAGGAGCACUUACAGUUUGUGCAAGCUGAAGCCACUCUCCACGCUCUUCAGAAGUUGCAUUGUCAAUCCCAAGAGGAUCAGAAAGCUUUAGCUCUGGAGUUCAAAAAUGGGCUUCAAAUGUUGAAGGACUUGGAGAUACGCAAAAAUGGUAUGGAGGAUGAUGCCCAACGGGUUAAGGAGGAAAACAAGAGCCUAAGUGAAUUGAAUCUCUCUUGCACUGUGUCAAUAAAGAAUCUGCAAGAUGAAAUCUUCAACAUCAAAGAGAUGAAAGAGAAACUUGAACAGGAGGUUGCGGUAAAAUCAGACCAAAGCAAUGCCCUCCAGCAACAUAUUUUACAUUUGGAGGAGGAAAUUAAGGGAUUGAAUAGAAGAUAUCAAGCUAUGGUGAAGCAGGUGGAGUCAGCAGGAUUAAAUCCUGAAUGCUUUGAAUCAUCUGUGAAAGACUUGCAAAGUGAAAAAUCGAAGCUAGAAGAUAUAUGCACAGGGGAGAAAGAACAAAGAGAACUUCUUUAUGAGAAGUUGAAGGAUAUGGGUAAACUUUCAAAGGAGAAUGCUAUUUUGGAGAGCUCGCUGUUGGGGUUGAACACUGAGUUGGAGGGUUUGAGAGAGGCUGUCAAACAAUUGCAAGCGUCUUGCCAGUUUCUUCAGGGAGAAAAAUCCACUCUUGUUGCUGAGAAAGCUCUCCUGCUUUCACAGUUACAAAUUAUCACUCAGAAUAUGCAGACGCUUUUUGAGAGGAACACCUUGCUGGACAAUUCCCUCUCUGUUGCAAACAUUGAGCUUGAACGGUUCAGAGCAAGAUCGAACAGCUUAGAAGAGUUGUGCCAGUCUCUCAAUAAUGAGAAAUCCAAUCUUCUUAAUGAGAGAGGCACCCUGGUAUUUCAGUUAAAAGAUGUUGAAGAGAGACUGCGAAACCUGGAAAAGCGGUUUACAAAAUUGGAGAAGAAAUAUUCUAAUUUGGAGAAGGAGAAAGGAUCCACACUCAAUGCACUCGAAGAACUACAGGGUUCCCUCCUUGCAGAAAAACGAGAGCGUGCAAGUUAUAUACGUUCAAGUGAGGCCCGAUUCGCAGGUUUGGAAAACAAUGUCCAUCUGAUGCAGGAAGAAAGAAAGCUGGGAAAGAAAGAUUUUGAAGAAGAACUAGAUAAAGCUUUAAAUGCCCAGAUCGAGAUCUUUAUCCUUCAGAAGUUUAUAGAAGAUCUGGAAGAGAAGAAUUUGUCCUUAUUCAUCGAGUGUCAGAGACACGUUGAGAAAUCCAAGUUUUCUAGUAAGCUGAUCUCAGAGUUGGAGAAUGAAAAUCUUGAACUACAGGUGGAAGAACAAUUCUUGGUGGAAGAAAUCGACAAGUUGAGGUUGGGAAUUCGUCAAGUGCUCAGGGCUCUUGAGGUUGAACCAGAUAGGCACGACGAUAAGACUGAACCAGGGAAAGUAAAUAUGCCGCACGUUUUGAAUACUAUCAAGGACUUGAAAACUUCUUUGUUACGUAGCAAGGAUGAGGAACAGCAGUUGCUUGUUGAGAAGUCAGUGCUCUUAAGUGUACUUGGGCAGAUGAGAUUAGAGGGUGCAGAGACAGAGACGGAAAAGCAAUUCUUUGAGGGGGAGUAUGAGAUCAUGAUAAACCAUUGUUCUAUGCUACAAAAAGAGAAGCAUGACCUUCUAGAGAUGACAAGGGAGUUGAGGUUGGAAGUGACCGAGAAAGAGCACAAGGAGGAAAUAUUAGAGGCUCAACUGGUAACUCUUCAACGUAAGCUGGCAAAUUUGGAGAACAAUUACGUGGUUUUGCAAGAAGAAAAUUACAAGGUGCUUGAAGAUAAGAGAUCUUUGCUUAAGGAUCUUUUGGAACUCAAAGAGGAAAAUCAAAUGCUUGAAGAGGAUAAUAUUGUUAAUUUCCAUGAAGCACUAGCUUUCAGCACCCUCUCAUUGGUUUUAGAGAGCUUCGCAACCGAGAAAGCUGCAGAACUAAAAGCACUUACUGAAGAUCUCAACAGUCAAUUUGUAAUUAACAACGACCUCAAAGAGGCUGUUGGGAUAUUGGAGGAGCAGUUAGUGAUGAAAGAAGCAGAAAAUCUGCAUCUGAGCGAGACAGUCGAAUUGUUGGACAAGGAACUGUGUGACUCCAAGGACUUAAAUGGUCAACUAAGCCAUCAGAUCUCAGUUGGAAACGAUUCUCUGAAACAGAAAACCAUGAAGCUCUUGGACGCAGAAGAGAAGCUUAAAAGGACAGAGGACUUGAAUGUGGAAUUGUGCAGAAGAGUUCAGGAACUGAAGAUGGAUAUUGAAGAGUCAAAACUAAUGCAACAAAAUUGCAAGAAGCAGAUUCUUGAACUAUCUGAAGAUAGCACAAGCCAGAAAAAGGAAAUCAAUAGCCUUUGUGAAGCAAAUGAAAUUCUGAAGAAUGAAAUCUUGUCUAACGUAAUUGAAAAAGAAGUAGAAAAUCUACAUCUGAACGAGACAGCUCAAUUGUUGCACGAGGAACUGCGUGAAGUCAAGGACUCGAAAGAUCAGCUAAACCAUCAAAUUUUAGCUGGAAAGGAUUCUCUGAAGCAGAAAACCAUGGAGCUCUCAGAAGUAGAAGAGAAGCUUAGAAAGGCCGAGGACUUGAAUGUGGAAUUAUGCAGAACUGUUCAGGAGCUGAUGAUGGAACAUGAAGAUUCAAAUCUUCUGAGAGAAAAUUGUGAGAGGCAGAUUCUAGAACUAUCCAAAGAUAACUCGAAUCAGAAAAAUGAAAUUGAGAUCCUUCGUGAAGCAAAUGAAACUCUGGAGAAGGAAGUGGGUAUGUUAAGUGAAGUAAUUGAAGAAUAUAGAAGUAGAGAAGAGUAUCUGAGUUCCGAGCUACAAGAGAGAAGCAAUGACUUUGAACUCUGGGAGGCUGAGGCUGCGACAUUCUUCUUUGAUCUUCAAGUUUCUGCUGUCCGUGAAGCUUUUCUUGAAAAUACGGUUCAUGAGCUCACUGAUUUUUGUGAGAGUCUUAAAGAUGAAGGUGCUGCAAAAUAUGUGGAGGUCAAACAAAUGAAAGAAAGUGUUAGCUCCUUGGAAGGUGAAGUUGGGGAGCUGAUGGGCCAGUUGUCUGCAUAUGUACCUGUCGUAGCCUCAUUGAGAGAGAAUGUAGCAUCUCUUCAGCACAAUACUGUACUUAGAUCGAAGCUUCUUGUGGAAAGAAAUCAACAAUAUAAGGGUGUGGAACCGCCAAAUCAUCUACAUGAAAAUAGCUGUCAACAUUCCACAGCAUCGGUACCACACGGAAUUUCAGAAUUGGCAGAAAUGCAAACAAUGAUCAAAGAAGUUGAAAAGAUGUUUGUCGAGGAAACGGAAAGGCUUGUGAUGGAACCAUUUGAAAAGGCAAUGGUGGAAGAAAUUGAAAGGCUUUCAACUCAGGAAAGUACAAAAAACAGCAACGUCUCUGUGGAGAUUGAAGAGUUACAAUCAAACGGUACCUCACUUCAAGAAAAAUGCAGUAAAAGUGAAGAGAUGAAACUUGGAAAGGAGUUCACUGGUGAAAAUCUCAAGUUGCUGAAGACAAAAUCUGAUAAUGGGAUUUGGAUGAAAGACAUUCCGCUUGAUCAUGUUUCUGAUUGUUCAUCCCAUGGAAAAAGCAGGAGAGGUACUGGUGGGGCUGAUAAUCAGAUGCUUGAGUUAUGGGAAACUGGCGAACAAUACAGUCACCAGGAUCCUGUUCCCAAUGAGAAACAAAAUCAGGCAUCUGCACGCAUGGAAGAUCUUACCCCUAGCCAUCGGUUUACAGAUUCUGAGCCGAUGAUUCAGAAUUUUACUUCAGAAGUUCAGGCUGAGAAGGAGUUGGGAAUUGAUAAGCGGGAAGUGUCAUUUCGAAGGCCACAUCAUGAAAGCAAGAAGGAAAAAAUCCUGGAGAGACUUGCUUCUGAUGCGCAGAAACUGACGAGUCUGCAAACGAUUGCUCGGGAUUUGGAUAAGAAGAUGGAGACAAGCAAGAAGGGUAAAAGGGCCAACGGCAUUGAAUAUGAAACAGUCAAAAGACACUUGGUUGAAGUUGAGGAGGCAGUUGUGCAGCUAGUGGAAACUAAUGAUCAACUGAAAAAGAACAUUGAGGAGUCUCCGUCUUUGGACGAGCAGACUUCCAUAGAGUUGGAGGAGGCUGGAAAUGUCCGCAGAGAGAGAGUAGUGAAAGAGGCAAGUAAAGGGUCUGAGAAGAUCGGAAGGCUGCAGUUUGAGUUGCAGAACAUCCACUACAUUUUGCUGAAACUGGAGGACGAGAAUAAGAAGAAAGGGAGGCAUGGAUUUUACGUAAGCAGAACAGGCGUUCUCCUGAGGGAUUUUAUUUACAGCGGAAGAAAUAGCGAGAGGCGCAAGAAGGGUUGUGUGUGUGGCUGCAUGAGACCGUCCACGAAUGGAGAAUGACGAGGUAGUAAUCACUUAGAGGGAAGCAUAUUUUAUUUCAUUGAAUGAUCCUAAUAUUAUGUUUAGCGAAUCAUUUCACAGAUUAGUUAGCGAAAGCAGAAGUGUAUUAGCUCGGAUUCUCUGUAAAAUAGGCUUUGAUCCAAUCAAAAUAAGCUGCUUCCUUCAUCUUGUCACCUCCCAAUAACCAUUGAAACAGCCUCAUUAUUAUUUGAGAAAAUUUUAGUACAAGCCACUUGUUUUCUUC